AUGGGGCUGCGGGCAAGGGCACGCGCACCUAGUGCGCGGCGUGCGGAGAAAUCUACAGGGGCUGGCCGACCGAAGGGAAGCUUCGGCCGGAAGAGGUUGUAUGAGAUGAUGGCAACAUACAAGGCGCGCGUGGAGCAAGGCCAGCUGGAGUUUGCCGACAUGCAUGUGCGGGACCUCUCCACCGCCAUGUUGGAUGCGGCGGUAGAAGUGGACAAACAUGAGGAUGUCUGGCGACCGGCAUUCCUCAAGCGCCAGAGCAAAAGGGGUGUGCGAAGGGCAGAGGCUCUGCGCAAGACGGAGGACGGGCGUGUUUGGGUCUGCGUGCAUGCCUUCGCGGAAACUCUCUCCGAGCUCCACCCGAAUCUACGAGCGAGGGUCACGAGCAAGAAAGAGUACGCCGAUGGCAGAAAGGCAAUAUUUUGCCACCAGGACGAGUGCAUCUACAGGGCCAACGACGGGGAGCGUAUGGCGUGGUGGCCACCGACGACGCACGGGCUGAGAAAGAAGGGAGAAGGACAGGGCAUCAUGAUUUCCGGCACCAUCGUGGGCGACGUUGGAUUCGUAGAGGGCACUCAAGAGGAAAUCGACAAGGUGAUCAGACCAGGCCUGAAAAGUACCGCGACAUCAACAUGCUCUACUUCGAGGGCGAGGGCGACGAUCGCAACUUCUCGACGUACUACAAGUUCGAGUACGGCAAGAACAAGGAGGGCUACUGNAGAGGGCACUCAAGAGGAAAUCGACAAGGUCCAAGAUCUGCGGCGUGAGCGCUGCCGCAUUUCGAAGGAAAAACACGCUGCAGGUGAUCAGACCAGGCCUGAAAAGUACCGCGACAUCAACAUGCUCUACUUCGAGGGCGAGGGCGACGAUCGCAACUUCUCGACGUACUACAAGUUCGAGUACGGCAAGAACAAGGAGGGCUACUGGACGAGGGAGAAGAUGAUCGAGCACAUGGCGGAUGUGUUGGAUCUGUUGGCCGUCAAGUUCCCGAACCACAGGCCCAUCUGUUUUUUCGACUGGUCAUCGUGCCAUGAUUGCGUUGAGGAGGAGGCACCAAGUAUAUCUAGAAUGAACGCGGGGUACCGGAGGGUGAGAAAAGGGCAGGAUCUAGCUCCUCAGAAUGCUACCACCAUACUGGAAGACACACCCACACUCAAGAAAGGGGCAGUGCAGCACCUCACCUUCCAGCAGGGAGAGUACCCAUGCUAUGAGCCAGACGCCACCGAUCACGUAGGCAAGGUCAAGGGGAUGAAGCAAAUCCUGUUUGAGAGGGGGCUUUGGAUCCCAGGGAUGACCGUGUUGGGGGGCAAGAAGGGUCAGGAGCCUAACCCGAAGAUGAGCAUGCCGGCGGUGUUGCGCGCGCAAAAGGAUUUCGCGAACGUCGACUCUAGUCNCCGUCGACUCUAG